AUAUUUGUCCAAUGUCCAAAAAUGUCCUCCACCACAAUGUCCACCAGUCAUCCUAAGCAUCUCGUGAGUCUGUACUCGGAUAGACAAUGAAAAUAUUAUCUCAAAGUCGCAAUGUGGUGGUCGAGAUGGAUGAAACACCUUCGUUCAGCGGGGUCGCGUAUGUACGCGGGCAUGCAUGAUCCACUGGACCACGUCACCGGACUCGAGAAGAGAGAACUGCUCGCACAUCUGGCGGGAGACUGCGAUCCUUUCCGUAUCAUGGCUAUUAAGAAAGGUCCAGGCACAAGGGAGCGGCCAAACCUGAUCCCCAGCGCGUACAACCGCCGGCUCAUGGGAUGCAGCUGCAGUCCUCACGACAACCACGUGGAGUACAUGUGGUUACACCUCGGCUGCCCCAAGCGAUGCGGCUGCGGGUACUGGUUCGAGCUGUGCCCUGUCGCGCCACUAUAGACCUUAUUUCUUUAGUGUUAAAGUUUAUUUUUGAUGAUAUGAUGGAAAUCUCGAAUUUGUUCGAGUAUAUCGUAGGAGUUAUGACCGUUUAAAAAGCUUUCUUUUGUGUUUCCUUUUCUACUUAGCCUAUUGUUUCAAAAACUGAUUCCGUGGAGUAGGUAUCUACUCGUGGUUGCACCUCGGCUGCCCCAAGCGAUGCGUCUGCGGGUACUGUUACGAGCUCUGCCCUGUCGCUCCACUUUAGACCUUAUGGUUUAGUGUCAAAGUUUAUUUCUGUUCAUCCUGGUGAUAUGAUGAAAGAGUAUUGGUAUUCGAGUUUGAGUAUCUGUGUAUCGUAGCAUUUUCUGGAUCAU